AUGUCUUCUGAUGCUCGCAUUAGAUCAGCUGCAAGAGCUGCUGCUGCCAAUAGUAAGAAACAGAAGAUGUCUCCUCCCUUUGAUUCUCUUCUGUUUGCUGACGAUUUGAUUUUGAUUGAAGGCAUUUUUCCUUUUGUUGGUGUUGGACAGUAUGCUUUUGUAGGAGCUGUCAACAAAAAGAUGAAUCAACUGUACAAAGAGUACUGCAAAAUUGAACUCAACAAAAAUCCAAGAAAGGUAAACGAUAAACCUGCUAGCUGCGAAUGCGAUUCUCUCAGGCGCUCUGCGGAAAGCACGGACACUCUUUGCAGUGAAACAUUCUGUAACCAGCCACGUGCAGAAUACUGGCUCAAGGACAAUUCCAGAAAUAAGAAACCUGAUCGUCAUCAUGUUUGCAAUGCCAUUGCCACAGUUGGCAAUAUUACGAUCAUGCAGUGGGCACGACAAAAAGGAUUCCGAUGGUAUCAAUGGACAAGUGCAUGUGCUGCUCAAAAUGGACAUCUGGAAAUGCUCCAAUGGUUAAGACAGAAUGGUUGUCUAUGGAAUGAACUUACAUGUGCAUCCGCUAAGUGGGCUCAUGAGAAUGUUGUCCAUUGUGG